AUGUUUAUGAAAAGAAAUCCUGAACUGUCAAGAGCUAGACGUGGUGCUCGUCAAGUGGGUUCAGUAACUUCGGCGGAGAGGGGUACUUUAGUUACAGUAGCCAUUGCAGUCAAUGCCAUUGGAAAUGCUAUUCCUCCGUUCUUCGUCUUUCCGCGUGUGCGAUACCAAGAUCACUUUAUCAGGGAUGGACCAAUAGGAUCUGCUGGAAGUGCAAAUCCUUCAGGCUGGAUGCAGGACGAAUCAUUUAUGCUUUUCCUGGAUCACUUCAAAAAACAUACAAAUGCUUCUCCUUCGCAUAAAAUUUUACUUGUCCUUGAUAACCACGCAUCUCAUAUACACAUUAACGCACUAGACUUUUGCAAGACGAAUGGUAUUGUAAUGCUAUCUUUCCCUCCCCACUGCUCACACAAACUCCAACCACUUGAUCGAUCUGUAUUCGGUCCACUGAAGAAAGCUGUAAAUUCGACCUGUGAUGGAUGGAUGCGAAGCCACCCCGAAAAAACAAUGACAAUAUACGACAUCCCAGGGAUUUUAACUACUGCUAUACCGCUUGCUCUUACACAAUCCAAUAUUCAAGCUGGCUUUCGUACUACUGGGAUUGUUCCUUUCAAUCGGCAUUUGUUUCCUGAACUCGAUUUUGCACCUGCAUUUGUGACAGAUAGGCCAAAUCCAAUCGAAACAGCUGAUAGUCUUAUUCCGAAUACUAGUAUACCUGGGGAUAAAACGCCACCACCGUUGUCUUCCAUUUUAAACCUCGAACCACCCGAAGAGUUGGAGGAGCCUACUAAUGCAGCUCUUUUUGUACAACAACCGAUGGAAAAUAUGCCACAUUGUUCACAAGCACUAGAUAAAAAACAAGGAAACAUUAUUGCGAAUCCAGCACCUUUGAUUACACUACCCGAACAUCAAAGUAGUAGUAGUAUUGUUUGGCUUCCACCAACACCUUCUGCAAGUUUUCAAUCCAUUCCUGUGCUAUCAAAUCAAACGGAAAAUGUCACGACUUCGACUACACCACCUUUAGUAUUUUCUCCGGAAGCAAUACGACCACUACCAAAAGUGCCUCCAAGGAAAUUAACAAAUAGGGGCCGAAAAACAAGGAAAUCUACAAUAUACACAGACACACCUGAAAAAGAAGAGAUAAGAAGAGAAUAUGAGAUCAGAAUGGAACGAACCAAAGCUAAGCAAGUUCAGAAAAGAUUAGAUAGAAGAAAGACUAAAAGAAAUACUACAAACAAGAAAAAAACUAACACGCGACAAGAAUCAUCAUCAGAAGAAGAAGAGUGCUACUGUGUUGUUUGUAUGUCAGCAUAUUCAGAAAGCAGACCGAGGGAAAAAUGGAUACAAUGUAGAUAUGUAUGUAAAAUGUGGGCGCAUGAAGAGUGCACGAAAGGUAAGAACGAUCCCCACUCAUGA